CCCUGAAAGCGAAAGGGUCGCCCAGUGACUGUGACUGAGGGGGAAUAACAGCGGCUGAAACCUGCUUUGGGACGUUUUCGCCGCUGAAAAGUUUUUUCCUUUUAGAAGACGCGUCUUUUCGCUUCGGGGCUGCGAGCUGACGGCGAGCGGCAGCAGCGCAAUAAAAGCUGCAACUUGCUGUGAGCUGAGGACUGGGCCAUGAUGGACCGGCUGACCUUGUCCCGCAUAGAUGAGGACCUAGGGUCUUCUGAAGUGGCAGAACUUUGUUUCCUAUGUCGUGAUGUUGUCCCCAGGAAACGUCUGGAGGGGAUUAAGGAUGCCAGAGAACUGUUCUUGAGAUUAGAGGAAAAAGGUGUGCUGAAUGAUUUGUUCCUCAAGGAACUCCUUAACACCAUCCAUCGAGCAGACCUCCUCAGGGUCCUGGAGACAGACAGCAGGCCAUCAAAAGAAACAGUUGUUACUCCUGUGCUGUCAGACUACAGGAAGGUGCUGUAUCGCAUAUAUGAUGAUAUGACUGAAGAGAAUCUUGGAAAACUGAAAUUUAUGCUCACCGAUAAGGUGGGCAAGAGACAACUGGAAACGUGCCAGACAGCGCUGGAUGUGUUCGCAGAAAUGGAAAAGUCAGAUUUUAUAUCAGACACAAAUGUAAACCUGUUGCAUCAAAUACUGCCAGAGUUGGAUCAUGAACUGGCAAACAUCAUACAGAGGUACACACAAGGGGUCUUCCUGCAACAAGAGGUCACAUUUCCUCUGGAUAACCAGAGGACCCCUGAGCAACUGUCCAUAACUGAAACCCAGCCCAGCUAUGUAAACCGGAGUAUUCACACUGAUGCAGAACCACAGCCCCCCUCCGGUCCUGAACUGUCUGAAUACUACCCUCUGACUCAUAACCCUCGUGGUUUGUGUGUAGUCUUCAACAAUGAAAUCUUCACAGGAUCAGAACUGAAAGAUCGAGGAGGAACUCAAAAGGAUGCAGAUGCUCUGGACACACUGUUCACCCGCUUAGGCUUUGAAGUGGUUAUACACAACAACCUGACUGCAGCAGCAAUGCUAAAUGAAAUAAGAAGUAUUAGCACGAGGAAUUUUCAGAAUGAUGAUGCCUUGGUGGUAUGCGUGCUUUCCCAUGGAGAAAGGGGAUGUGUCUUUGGCACUGAUGGAAACAAAGUGCACCUGGAAGAUCUGACAUUCCCCUUUACAAGUGGAAGAGCCCCGACCUUGGCAGGGAAGCCCAAACUCUUCUUCAUUCAAGCCUGUCAGGGUGAUCAAUACCAGAAAGGAUUCGUUCCCUGCACCCUGAGGCCAGGAGAGGAGGAAAAUGAAAGAGGGCUGGAGACGGACGCAGGUCCUCCACCCGAGGCAGUGCCUUCACAAGCAGACUUUCUGAUAGGAAUGGCCACCGUGGAAGAGUACAAGUCAUUUCGAAACACAGUCACAGGAUCCAUCUACAUCCAAGAGCUGUGCAGGCAGCUGAUGAGUUCAGCAGAAAGCCGGGAGAUGGAUGAUAUCCUCGCUGUCCUGACACGUGUGAACAGGGAAGUCAGCAAAGGAGACUAUUUACACUCCAAACAAAUGCCACAGCCCAAAUACACUCUCACCAAGAAGCUUGUCCUCAAAUAUGUGACAUGAUUGUGACAAAUUACAACACUGCAAGUGUGUGUGUGUGUGUGUAAAUGUGUGGGUGAUUUUUUUUGUAAUUAUGAAUUGAAAAAAAAUUACCAUGGCAAAUGAGAAGGUACAAAUUGUGUCAUUUCUUAAAUAAUGAUAAAAAGUUAGUCAGUCUUCUCCUGGCCUGUAGUGCUGUUUACCUCAAAUGUAUCCAAGUCUUGUUUUUAAAAAAAUCAUUU